GUGUGUCUGUUUGUUUACUUCCACGAUGGCGUUUGGGAUAUACAGUCUGUUGGAGGCUGUUGUCCUCUUCUUAAAUGCCGUUUGUAUUCUAAAUGAAGAGAGGUUCUUAUCAAAAUUGCCAGGAUGGGGGGGCUCCCAAGUCCAUGGCUUUGGUGAAGAACCAGGAGUCAAGACUCAGAUCUUCCACUUUAUUCGUUCCAUCAAGACAGUAAUGAAAUAUCCGCUCAUUCCCAUGAACAUCUUCAUCAUUCUUUUUAAACUCAUCUUUGGUUGAUAAGAUGACUUUUUGUUACACAUUGUAUUUGCUUUAACAAGACUCAAGUUUGCUAAACAAGCAUGUAGUCUCACUAACUGUGAUGCUCAGGAAGUCAUAUUUUGGAUGGCUGUAUUGUUUUCUAAUAAAGACAAAUGGUUUUUG